AUGUACAACUCAACCACAGUUCUUCCUAUUCAUCCAGAAACUGUCAAGAAGCAAGAUUUUCUCUCCUCCAAGAAACUGUGGAGAACAGAACACGGAUUCAUUUUCCCAGGAAAGAAAACCUCGUUGGUUUCAAAUAUUCACCCUAGGAAACCCGACUCGGCCCGAGUAGACGAACUUCGCAAGGUAUGGAAAAACAUAGUGACGAACCUUACUUGUUUUUCUGAUAUUUGCUCAGAAGCUGUUGUCUUUUUUUUUUUUUUUUUUUUGCAUUAGUUCUAUUAAAAUUCCACGGGCUGAUCAACCUGUGGGGUGUUUUCAUGGUAACUUCACCCUUAAUCCCUUAGAGUUGGCAGCAUCUAACGUAGCUCUACGAUAUCACCACUAGAUCAACCAUUACGGUCACAAGAAUAAAGGAAAUGAUCGCCAAAAAUAGAAGCCCUGGAUUUAGAUUGAGAAACAAAUUCUCCAUGUCAGUAUGAUAAGAAAUGUUGGGGAACAGUAUGGAGAAUACACAAACUGACAUGACUAUGUAAAGGUUUUGGGGACAAAUUCAUCUUUGUCAUUGAGUGCCUCUUUGAGGGGAGCUUUUCGUGAUGGAAGCAGAAAUUUUUCUCAUCUUUUAUCUUCCCUUAAUGGGAGACAUAAUGUUUCUUUUAUUAUCAUUCUAGCCAUGGAAGGAGAACAUUUUACACGCCAACAUUCUUAAACCAACAGUAGAUAGGUAAGAUUGUCCAACGACUUGCACUGUUUCGUAGCUUUCUAGUUGAUGAUCAAACACUAAAGAUACAGUCUACAGUUAGAACCACCUUGUAUAUCAUAGGCGAUAGCACCACAUAGACGAAAUGCUCAGUACUGUGUUUAUGGGAAUGGCUACACGUUAGGGUUUUCAUGCACAGAGUGAAACUUUUAGAGCCUCCUUGUUCAGCGUAGCAAACAAUACCAAAGUAAAGAACUUUUCAAUUUAGUAUUAUCAGCUGAGUUGAUUACGUAAAUUGGCCAAUGUAAAAAGUUUCAAAGCUGACGUUUCGAGCGUUGGCCCUUCGUCAGCGCUAACGCUCGAAACGUCAGCUUUAAAACUCUUUACGGUGACCUAUUUACGUUGUCAACUGAGUUGAUAAUACUAAAUAAACCUUUUUUAUACUCUCUCAUCGACGCAAGCACCACAUUUUCUUUUAGAAACUUACCCCUUUCAUUUGAAUGUAGCUUUUAUUUGAAUGGUUGUACAUCAAAAGUAAAACUAAAAUGUAAGAACCACCUUGUACAAGAUGAUAAGCGGUACCAUAUGAAAGAGCUGCCCGGUAGCUUUCAUUUGAAUUGUCACACUUGUCAAUUAGGACUAAGCCACUGACUCAGGCCCCGUUCAGACCAGUUACCCGUUCCGCGGUAACGUCCCCAGGCACCAAAAUGGACGUUUUUCAGACCCCCGGUUCCCUGGAACGAGUACUAUCUUCGCAAUCGUCCAGAGGGCUUGGUGUACAGCAUUGCAUUUGUAGUGUGUGAUUUGUAUUCACCAUUUUUAGUACCUGCAUUAUGGGAAAAAACGCAAGAACAGACGAAAACGUGUCUAGACAAGUUCCCAAGCCCGGGAACAGUGCCUGAGUUUUACCCCUGGGAAGUGCCCGUGCCUGGGCAAGGUGCUCAGAUUUUUCUCUGGCACCAACCAAAAGAUUACAUAAGGACUAGUGCCUGUUUCCAAGAACUGAGCACAGGCACCUAGUCUUAACAGGGCCUUAAAUAUUACAACCAGUUUUCAAAUGUUUUUUCACGUUUUUAUCUAACAUUGACUUUUAUGUUCUUUCUUAACCAGGGAGAACUUCCCUGGGAUUAUAGAGAUGCUGAUCUGAAUUUACUUUCCCUUCCUCCUCCGUUCUUUGACAAAAAUCCAUGUUCGUCAGUUCACGCCGCCGGCGACACCAAAGAACAAGAACAAGACGAAGCUGACAUGGAGACCACGCGCCAAUGGCGAGAUAGAAUCGUUGUGGACGAUACAAUAUUUCGUACGCAUCGUUGUCUACCAGAGACUGAACUCAAAGACAGAGGCGCUAAAGCUUCGAACCAACUGGCAAAGCUGGAAGGACUUUUGAAAAAUUACCCCCAAAAAUUUUCGCUUUCAAGAGAAGGACUCACUUUGGAGGAGAUUCCACCACUAGCUGUGGUGGUGAAUCCUAGUGUGGAUACUCUUGCGAGGAAAACCGGGAAAUUAGUUCCCAUUACAAUGGACCACAAGGAAGAAAGAAACUGGGGAUUUUAUCCGGGACCUUUUGAGGACGAGGGCUGGCUCGUGGAAAAGAAUAAGAUCCCAAUACCAGAUCAGGAACACGAAAGGUUUAAGACCCUUAGGGGGCAUGAUUCAGGUACUUGA